UUGGCAGAACGGUGCUUUCAGGAACAAUAACAGUGGGGGGAGCCUGGGUCCUGGGGAGCCGCCCCCGCCCCCUACAGCACCGCAGCGAGGCUCGCGCCCCCCGCCGGAUCCCCACCUCCGCGCCCGCCCCGCGGGCUGAGCGGCCCGACCGGGGCCCGCCCCCGGCGCCCACCAUGUACGCCUUUGUGCGGUUCUUGGAGGACAACGUCUGCUACGCGCUGCCCGUGUCGUGCGUGCGCGACUUCAGCCCCCGCUCGCGGCUGGAUUUUGACAACCAGAAGGUGUACGCCGUGUACCGGGGCCCGGAGGAACUGGGCGCCGGGCCCGAGAGCCCCCCGCGCGCCCCCCGCGACUGGGGCGCGCUGUUGCUGCACAAGGCCCAGAUCUUGGCGCUAGCAGAAGACAAAUCUGACCUUGAAAACAGUGUGAUGCAGAAGAAAAUAAAAAUCCCCAAGCUUUCUCUUAAUCAUGUAGAAGAAGAUGGAGAGGUUAAAGAUUAUGGGGAAGAAGAUUUACAGCUUAGACACAUCAAGGAUUGUCUGGGGAAAUAUUGAGCUGCAGUCCAAGAAAGUCCCAGCUGCCCUUGCCUGAACUGAUUCUCGUUGUCCUACACAGAGACCUGAGGGGCGGAAGCCGAGCGAAGUGGCGCACAAGAGCAUCGAGGCUGUGGUGGCUCGGCUAGAGAAGCAGAACGGCCUGAGCCUGGGCCAUAGCACGUGUCCGGAAGAGGUCUUCGUGGAGGCCUCGCCAGGCACAGAGGACAUGGACAGUCUAGAAGAUGCUGUGGUGCCCCGGGCUCUGUAUGAGGAGCUGCUGCGCAACUACCAGCAGCAGCAGGAAGAGAUGCGCCACCUCCAGCAGGAGCUGGAGCGGACUCGGAGGCAGCUGGUACAACAGGCCAAGAAGCUCAAGGAGUACGGGGCACUUGUGUCUGAAAUGAAGGAGCUCCGUGACCUCAACCGGAGGCUCCAGGACGUGCUGCUCCUGCGGCUUGGCAGCGGUCCCGCCAUUGAUCUGGAAAAAGUAAAGUCAGAAUGUCUCGAGCCCGAGCCGGAGUUACGGAGCACUUUCAGUGAGGAAGCAAAUACGUCGUCCUAUUACCCCGCUCCUGCGCCUGUCAUGGACAAGUAUAUCCUAGACAAUGGCAAGGUCCAUCUGGGAAGCGGGAUUUGGGUUGAUGAGGAGAAAUGGCACCAGCUACAAGUAACCCAAGGAGAUUCCAAGUACACGAAGAACUUGGCAGUUAUGAUUUGGGGAACAGAUGUUCUGAAAAACAGAAGCGUCACAGGAGUCGCCACAAAAAAAAAGAAAGAUGCAGUCCCUAAACCACCCCUCUCGCCUCACAAACUAAGCAUCGUCAGAGAGUGUUUGUAUGACAGAAUAGCACAAGAAACUGUGGAUGAAACUGAAAUUGCACAGAGACUCUCCAAAGUCAACAAGUACAUCUGUGAAAAAAUCAUGGAUAUCAAUAAAUCCUGUAAAAAUGAAGAACGAAGGGAAGCAAAAUACAAUUUGCAAUAAACUUUGGAUUUUUCAUAAAGCUUUCGUGUUUUCCUUGUGUGGCAUGUGAUUUGCGAGCGAUGGUGCCGUCCAAAUCAGACCCCACCAUGCAUGGUGGUGUGUGGGCAGGAAUCCAUUGGGUUCUGGGGUCAGCGGCUUGUUCUGAGUGUGGACACUACAAAGAAGACAGAUGGCUUUGCUGAGACUCAGGAGCAGCCUGGCACUGGUGUCCUUCUGGGAAUGGGGAAAACACUCUUCUUGGAGGGGGAUAAGGUUGCCUGAGUUGCCUGUCACUUGACUGGGAUUUGAAUGGAUAUUUUUACCAUCCAAGGACUUCUCUGUUCCUCUAUUUUGUUCUAUAAUAAAGUUUCAUUAAUUCUUUGA